GAAGAAGGAUCAAAAAGCUAAAAAGAUUACGUCUAAGGUGUCAGAUUCACGCACUAAUGAAAUGCAGACUGAAGACGCUGAAGGUUCUCAUGAUGGUCUUUCUCUUUCUUAGGGAGAUCAAGUUUUUUUGGAAGUGAAGGGUGGUAGAAGAGUGGUCUCAAAGUCUGGUCUUAUGAAUCCCUCUAAAAAGAGGAAGAAGUCUUCCCCUACUCCCUUGAACACUAGCUCUUAUGAUGAUGCUCUCCUUCCUUGUGAAGAUUCCGCGUCUUCGUCUUUUAUGGGACUCUUGUCUGAUAUCUUCUCCAAUUCUUUAUCAGUCGUUGAUAAUCCCGCGUUGGGUCGUGUAUGCGACGCGGUGGUUAAAAUUUGUGAUGCUCCCGCUCUAAAUCAUGACUCUUUUCGUGGGGUUGCCUCUUCCUUGGAUCAUGGUCUUUAAUUUGCUCUUGGUGUCAUUGGUCGUCCAUAUGUCUUAUGCUAUUACCACUGAUCUUCAAAGAAAGAUUCAUUUUCUUGAGGCUGACAAUCUCAAGUUAAAAGGAAAUAUUUCUUCCAGUUCUGAACGUGCGAUAGAGCUUCUCAAUAGGAAUAAUCAGCUUAUUGAUGUGUAUUUUCGUUCUCCUCUUAGAUCUAACACUUUCGCGUUAUUUCCACCCUAUUUUAAUUGCUUGUGUCUGCAGAGAUCUACAACUUCACUGAUGAAGUAGUUAGUUAUCCUAUUGAGGAAUAAAUUCUUCUAGAGCACCUUAAUGCUUCCUUGAAUAACACUUCAGACGAUGGAUUAGACACUCUUAGUAUGGAGGAACUCAAGUCAAAAUAUGAGAUCCUCAAAUUUGAACAUAGGUCCAUGUUAUUUGUGAAUGACAAUUUUAAACGCUACCUCCUUAAAGACAAGGAGGAAAUUAGGAAUCUUGAGGCGAAAAAGAAUGCUCUUAUAACUGAAAAGGAUAAUGCAAUUCUUAAGGGUGCUCAUGCUUUUAAGGACUUUCAUGAGAUUAAACUCCAAGUUGAGAUGGAGAGAGAUCGAGCUAUAAGCGUAAAGAACGCCUUUGCUUCUCGUGAGAAUAUGAUUCGCUCUCGUCUGCUUAUUGAGAAUGAUGAUGAGUUUGAGUGGGCUGCUAGGGUUAUUGAUAAUGCUAGGACAGGUUUAUCCACAAAUGUUAGUUUAGAAUCUGAUCGUGCUGAAGUUGUAAAGGCUAUUAUUUCUAAGAAAGAAGAUAUUGAAAAGAAACAUCUUCAAGAAAUCAAUGAUUUGAAGUUGAAACUUUCUGCUAGAGACUCCAAAUACGGCAAGCUUAAAAAGAAGUUUAUUGUUUCCAUUUCCAAUAUGAAGAAGGAUUCGAUUCGUCUUCGAGACGAGCAUGUUAAGAAGAACGCGGAAGAGAUCUGUGCCGAAUAUCAAAUUCCUCUUUCAGAUUUCAAGCCUUCUGAUGUUGAACCUAAUGAAGAGGAUAUUGAAAUAUAUGAUAGUGAGGUGGUGCAUGAAGAGUAUGAGGAGACUGAUGAAGAAGAUAAUGGUUCGGGAUCUGGAGAAGAUUCAGAGUUUGAAGAGGAUUUGGGAGGUGAUUCUUCUAAAGGUGGUGGGAAUGACAAGAGUGGAAAGUAGCCGCGUCUUCUGAAGAUUAUUUUCAUCCUUGUCUAUUUCUUGUUUGUAAUGUUCAUAUGCCUUCCUUCUUCACCUUUAUAAUGAAUAUUCCCUAGAUUCG